GCGCUGGGAGUGACACCUCUGCUCCACUCACGAUCCUCCCCGGAGCCACAGACGCGGACACAGCACGGACACACCGGGACCAGGAGCCGCAUCUUUCCCCGGGACAGGACGCACCGACAGCCCAGGCGCGCGCAGGGGCGGGGGGGGAGACACACACACGAGCGACGCCGGGGCCCGAGCUGGAGGCGCCGGAGCCCGCGGAGCAGCAGAGGCCACGGAGCCGCGCAUUCCAGCGGAGAAGCUGAUGCUCCGCCCCGCCGUCCACGGGCGCCAUGACCGGCCUGCCGCUCGCCCCCGGGCAGCCGUACGUGGAGGUGGAGUACGACUACGAGUACAAGUCCAAGGACCGUCUGAUCUCGAUCCGAGCGGGCGAGUGUUUCCUGCUGGUGAAGAAGACGAACGAGGACUGGUGGCAGGUGCGGCGCGAUGAAGCCUCCAAAGCCUUCUACGUCCCGGCGCAGUACGUCCGCGAGGUCCGCAAGGCGCUCAUGCCCCCGAGACACGCCCCCUCCACGCCGCCCAAGCCCCCGCCGGGACACGCCCCCUCUCAGCCCGGCCCCGCCCCCUCUGAGACAGGCCCCGCCCCCUCUCAGCCCGGCCCCGCCCCCUCCCUCUGGGUCAAACCGGGCGCCCUGGAGCUGCCGGGGGAGGGUCUGGGUCGGCGGGAGUCGCGCUCGCGGCGGCGCUCGGCACAGUCCGGGGACAGUCCGCUCCACAGUCCCACCUCGGGGCCCGACUCGGGGCAGUGGGACUCGGAGCGGGCCCCCGACCCUCCGGGUCUCCUCAGACACAGCAGCAGUGGCAGUACCCUCCCUCGCUCCAGGGGGCGCUCCCCGGAGCUGCAGAGGAAACCUCUGGACGUGGACAGUCACCAGAACGAGUCCUGGAGCCACGAGUCCGAGUCCGACCUGAGCUCCAGCUCCACCGAGCAGCUGCAGUCGGGUUCGGACUCGCUCCACUCAAACCUGCAGGACCUGAGGCUGGGCGGGUCCUCGGCGCCCCCCCAGCCGUCAGGUGCGCCCCUGUCGUCCUGCGGUGACUGGGACACCCACCGGGACCCGAACGGACGCCUCUACUACGUGAACCAGAGCACGGGGGAGCGCACGUGGAAACCGCCGCGCGCCCGGGACCAGGGAGGAGGAGGGGGCGGAGGCGGCGGCGGCGGCGGCGGCGGCGGCGGCGGCAGCGGGCUCGGUCCAGGUGCAGAGUGGCUGAAGCCCGACGGCGAGCGAGGACGACCGUUUUACGCGACCGCCGACGCCUCCAGGUCUGAGUGGGAACUGCCCAAGUUGAAUCAUUCGCCUCCAAACCUGAACACAGACGGAGCCAAAACCCGGAGUCUGGACCGACGCAACGUCGACCCCAUCGUCCUGACCAAGUGGAGACACAGUACACACAUCCUGGAGCCCACCGAGAAGGAUCCUGCAGCAGGUCUCAGGGUCCAAGUUCCGGACUCUCCCACAUCUCCGUCUGAAAAAUGCGGCGUCCUGAACAUGACCAAGAUCACAGAGAACGGAAAGAAAGUCAGGAAAAACUGGACGUCUUCGUGGACGGUGCUGCAGGGCUCCACGCUGCUGUUCACCAAAGGACAGACAGGGGGCAGCAGCUGGUUCGGGGGUCAGUCCAAACCGGAGCUGACGGUGGAUCUGAGGGGAGCGUCUGUGGACUGGGCGCCCAAAGAUCGUUCCAGCAAGAAGCACGUCGUGGAGCUGAAGACGCGUCAGGGAACCGAGGUCCUGAUCCAGUCCGACAACGAGGCCCUGGUCCAAGAGUGGCUCCGAGCGCUGCAGGACUGCAUCAGCGCGCACGCCUGGGAGUCGGACGAGGGGAUGGACGAUGACCUGCCCGAGUCUCCGGGACGAGAAGACAAACACGAGCACAGGGACUCCAAGAAAGAGAAAGGUCUGAAGAGCGGCAGCAGCCUCGACGUGUCCGAGCACAAAACCAAACACAAGCUGAAGAAGUUCCUGACGAGGCGCCCGACUCUGCAGGCCGUCCGGGACAAGGGUUAUAUCAAAGACCAGGUGUUCGGCUGCAGUCUGUCCAGUCUGUGCCAACGGGAAAACUCCAGCGUCCCGCGAUUCGUCAAACUCUGCAUCGAACACGUGGAGACCAACGGUCUGAGCGUGGACGGUCUGUACAGGGUCAGUGGGAAUCUCGCCGUCAUCCAGAAACUGCGCUUCGCCGUCAACCACGAUGAGAAGGUGAACCUGUCGGACGGUAAAUGGGAGGACAUCCACGUGACGACCGGAGCUCUGAAGAUGUUCUUCAGGGAGCUGCCUGAGCCUCUGUUUCCCUACGGCCUUUUCCACGACUUCAUCAGCGCCAUCAAGAGUCCAGAUUACAGACAGCGAGUUCAGUCCAUCAAAGAUCUGAUCAAACAGCUGCCAAAACCGAACCACGACACCAUGCAGGCCCUGUUCAAACACCUGCGCAAGGUGGUGGACCACGGCGAGCAGAACCGUAUGACCAUCCAGAGCGUCGCCAUCGUGUUCGGACCGACGCUGCUGAGGCCCGAGACCGAGACCUGGAACAUGGCCGUGCACAUGGUCUACCAGAACCAGAUCGUCGAGCUCAUCCUCAUCGAGUGCGACGCCAUCUUCAGCAGGUAGACCGGACCAGGACCGGGGCCAGGACCGGGGCCAGGACCGGGGCCAGGACCGGGGCCAGGACCGGGGCCAGGACCGGGGCCAGGACCGGGGCCAGGACCGGGGCCAGGACCAGGAGUCAGACCGGGACUGAGGCCAUGAUUUAAAGCAGAUCUGCACCGGGACUGGAUUUCAAACCAGGAUUCGGACCAGAACUUACGCCAAAACCAGGAUUCAAAAAGGGAUUUAAACCAGGAUUUAAACCAAAUCUGCACCAGGACUGGGUUUCAGACCAGGAUUUGGACCACAGUUAUCCCAAAACCAGGAUUCAGACCAGAACUACAACAAAACCAGGACUCAAAAUGGGUUUCAGACCAGAACUACACCAAGACCAGGAUUCGGACCACAAUUACGCCAAAACCAGGAUUCAAAAAGGGAUUUAAACCAGGAUUUAAACCAGAUCUGCGCCAGGACUGGGUUUCAAACCAGGAUUCUGACAAGGACUAUGCCAAAACAGGGAUUCAAACUGGGAUUCAGACCAGGAUUUAGACUAGAACUACAACAAAACCGGUAUUCAAAAAGGGAUUUAAACCAGGAUUUAAACCAGAACUAAACCAAGACCAGAAUUUAAACUGGGAUUCAGACCAGGAUUUAACCCAGAUUUGCACCAAGACUGGGAUUCAGACCAGGAUUCAGACCAGAACUACACCAAGACCAGAAUUCAGACCAGAACUAGAGCAAGACCAAGAUUCAAACUGGGAUUGAAACCUGGAUUUAAACCAGAUCUGCACCAGGACUGGAUUUCAAAGCAGUAUUCAGACAAGGACUAUGCCAAAACCGGGAUUCAAACUGGGAUUCAGACCAGGUUUUAAAUUAGAUCUGCACCAGGACUGGGUUUCAGGCCAGGAUUCAGACCAGAACUAAACCAAGUCCAGAAUUCGGACCACAAGUACGAGAAAACCUGGAUUCAAACUAGGAUUCAGACCUGGAUUUAAACCGGGACUGAGAUUCAGACCAGGAUUCAGACCAAAACUACUCCAAGACCAGAAUUCGGACCACAACUAAAACAAAACCAGGAUUCAAAACGGGAUUUAGACCGAGAUUUAAACCAGAUCUGCACCAAGACCAGGAGCCAAACUGGGAUUCUGACCCGGAUUUAAACCAGAUCUGCACCCGAUCUAAGACUCAGACCAGGAUUCAGACCAAAACUACUCCAAUUCGGACCACAACUAAAACAAAACCAGGAUUCAAAAAGGGGAUUUAGACCGAGAUUUAAACCAGAUCUGCACCAAGACUGGCAUUAAGACCAGUAUUCAGACCAGAUCUGGACCGAGACCAGGAUCCAAACUGGGAUUCAGACCCGUAUUAAACCAGAUCUGCACCAGGACUGGGACUUAAACACACAAUCGAGUCCAGGAUCAAACCAGAAACUGCACAUUUUUACUUUUAGUCUCCACACUGGAAACUUUUUCUUGUACAGGAUUCAUGGACCAGUAGAUUUUUUUUUUUUUUACAGAUAUUUCCAAAAGACAUUCUGAAAACUCCAAGAAUUUUUUUUUUUCUUUUUUAAUGUGUUGAUAUUUUGUAUUGUUGGGUGAAAGUUCUGAGGUGCUCUACUUGAUCACAGUUUUAAACACUUGGGGGAAAAAACCAAAACUCCAAAGAGGUCCAGACUUGUCCUGAAUUCCAAACCUCUUAAUUUUCCGUCGUUACCGUUUUCCACGACUUUCAGCGAGUUUGGACACAAGACGUAAAAAAAAUCACUAAAGAAGCAGAAGAGAAACAAGAGUUCAUUUGCAAAAAUAGAAGUAAAAUUUGAGUAGAGUGACCAGAGUUUUAAAAGUGAAAACUGGGACAAACCCGGGUCAGAGUCCUGGAUGAGACUCACACCCGCCCACACAGAAAGAAAAAAACAUAAAAACAACCAUUUUCUUCAUGAUUUGUCUCCAAAACCAAAAUGACAAAACAGAAAAUUAUUCGUUUUUUUCAGUUUUCGAUUUUGUGUUUAAAUGAAAAAUGGAAAAAAUGGAUCAUGGACUAAAGCAGGACUGAACCUGGACUGAACCUGGACUGAACCUGGACUGAACCUGGACUAAACCAGGUCUAAACCAGGACUAAACCAGGACUGAACCAGGUCUAAACCUGGACUAAACCAGGACUAAACCUGGACUAAACCAGGACUGAACCAGGACUAAACGUGGACUAAACGUGGACUAAACGUGGACUAAACGUGGACUAAACGUGGACUAAACGUGGACUAAACGUGGACUAAACGUGGACUAAACAAGGACUAAACCAGGACUAAACCAGGACUAAACCUGGACUGAAACAGGUCUAGACCAGGACUGAACCAGGACUGAACCAGGACUGAACCAGGACUGAACCAGGUCUAAACCAGGACUAAACCAGGACUAAACCAGGACUAAACCAGGACUAAAGCAGGACUAAACAAGGACUAAACCUGGACUGAAACAGGUCUAAACCAGGACUAAACUGGUCAGUCACAGUCUCAGUCCUGGUCCUGGUUCUGAUCUGGUCCUGGACCUGUUUUAGUCCUGGUUCAGUCCGUUAUCUGUUUUUUAUUCAUUUAAACACAAAAUCAAAAUCUGAAAAAUGAAUCAUUAUUGUUUUUGUUUUUUUCAUUUUGGUUUUGGAGACAAAUAAUGAAGAAAAUUAUUUUUUCAUUUUUUUUAAUUUUUGGUUUUAUUUUGAAAAAAAUAAUAAAAUAAAAUCGGAACAAAUCAGUGUUUUUUUUUUUAUUUUUUAGAUAAAUCUGCUGGGACUGGCAACUCCAGACUCAAAACUGGGACUGUCCCGGGUCCCAGUUUUGGAACAUCUGGUCACUCUGCAUUUGAACAAAAAAAAAAAGUUUGUGCAAUUUACUCUUUGUCAAGCAGUGUUCUCGAAAAACGAUCCAGUGCAAUAAACGCCGUGUGCAGAAAAAUAAAA